CAGUGCUCCGUGGUUGAGGGCUGAAAGUGUCGCACCCGUUUCUUUACAGCCGGGCCCGUGCGGGUUCUCUGAUAUAAAUAUCUGGGCGCCGCGAGUUAUCUCCGGCUAAUAAGUAACCGGCUGCAGCAGCAGCAGGAGAUCGCCGGGUAUGUGUGUGGUGGUGGUGGAGGCGACGGGGGUCAUUUGACGAUUGAAUCGAGCGCGCUCGACUCGCGGAACGGUGGUCACCGAGUGACCUCGAUUUGUCAUCUCGAGCGAAUUCGCGGCUCCGUUCGCGUCGCGCGCAGGGGGACAGCGGCGAGGGGCCCACGUGUGAGCCUUCGAGAGCAGUCGAUACGUCGGCCACCAUGGCCGCCACGGAGCUACUCAAUGUCCACUUCGGCCUCGUCACGGAGUCGGGCCGCUACCUGACGGCGGAGCCGUUCGGCUUCACGGUGAACGUGGCGGGCCAGAGCCUCAAGCGCAAGCAGGUGUGGGCCCUCCAGGAGGAGGCGGCCUGCCCGGAGGCCGCGGCCGCCGGGGCCGGAGCGGACGCGGCCCCCGUGCUGCUCAGGAGCCACCUGGGGCGCUUCCUGAGCGCCGACAAAAACGGGAAGGUGUCGGCCGACUGCGACAAACCUGGGCCCGAGUGCAGGUUCUUCGUGUUCCCCCAAGCCGACGGUCGAUGGGCUCUGCAGUCGGAGCGCUACGGCCGCUACCUGGGGCUCGGGUGCGCCUCGGUGGCGGGGGGUCUGGCCCCGCAGACCGCCAGCGACUCGGAGCCGCUCGAGUGCUGGGCUCAGACUCUGGGCCCCAACGAGCUGUGGGCCGUGCACCUGGCCAUGCACCCACAGGUGAGCAUGUACUGCGUGGGCCGGAAGCGCUACGUGCGUCUCUCCACGCCGACCCCCGCGACCCCCACGACCCCCGCGACCCCCGCGGCUCGCGACGAGCUGCUGGCGGACAGCGCCAUCCCCUGGGGCGUGGACUCCCUCGUGGUGCUCGAGUUCAACCCGGGGGGCGCCUACAGCCUCAAGGCGUGCGACGCGCGCCUCCUGCGCAGCGACGGAGUCCUCGUGGCCGAGGCCGAGCCGGGCACCGCGUACGUCAUCGAGUUCAAGGGGGGCAGGCUAGCCUUCCGUGAUCAUCAGGGCCACUACCUGGGCGCGAUGGGCCCCGCGGGGGUGCUGCGAGCGGGGAGGAAGCCGAGCACGCGGCCCGGCAAGGACGAACUCUUCAUGCUCGAGGACAGCCAGCCCCAGUUCGUGCUGCUCGCGUGCAACGGGCGCAUGCUCAGCGUGCGGCAGACGAUGGACGUGUCCGCGAACCAAGACGAAGAGACGGACACGGAGACGUUCCAGAUGGAGAUCGACCGCGGGAGUUCGCGAGUCGCGUUCCGCACGUGCGGCAGCCACUACUGGGCCCUGGUCAACAACGGCAGCAUCCAGGCCUCCGCCUCCGACAAAGGGGACAGCUGCUUCUUCGACAUUGAGUGGCGCGGGAAGCAGAUCGCGGUCAAAGCGCAGAACGGGAAGUACGUGACGACCAAGAAGAACGGUCGCCUCUCCGCCUCCAGCGACACCGUGGGCGAGGCGGAGCUGUUCAUGCUGCGCCUGGUGAACCGCCCCAUCCUCGUGCUGCGUGGCGAGCACGGCUUCAUGAACGCGCACCGCGGCGACGCGCCCACGCUGCACGCCAACCGCUCCUCCUACCAGACCUUCCGCCUGCACUACCGCAACGGCGCCUACGCCAUCCAGGGUCAGAACCAGCGCUACUGGGCGCUGAGCGAGCAGGACGUGGCGGUGUGCGGGGAUGAGCCCACGGACUUCUAUUUGGAGUUCGUCGGCUACAGCCGCGUGGCGAUCAGAGCCCCCAACGGGCGCCUCGUGCGAGGCGACCAGGCCGGGGGCGUGCGGGCUGACGCCAACUCCGUGGACGCCGAUUCUCUGUGGGAGUAUUGACCCCCUCCCCCCCUCGCCUCCCCCCCCCCCACCUCUAUGUACA